CGCCGCAGCCACCGCGCCGCGCAAGGACCCCGGGGACCCGCCGCGUCCGCGUCGCUUAGCAACCUCCCGCCGGGGCAGCCGCCCACUUCCGCUUCCGGGACAGGCGGGGAAGAUGGCGGCGGCCAGCGACAGAGAGGAGGAGGCGGUGGCUGACUGGGCUUUGCCAUCAGAAGUGGAGGUCUUGGAAUCCAUAUACCUGGAUGAGCUGCAGGUGUCUCGAGGAAAUGGCAGGUCAGCGCCCUGGGAAAUCUGCAUUACCCUGCACCCUGCGACCGCGGAGGAUCAGGACUCUCAGUACGUCUGCUUCACGCUCGUGCUGUCUGUGCCCCCACAGUAUCCCAAUGAAGUGCCAAAAAUCUCGCUCCGGAAUCCGCGGGGGCUGUCGGAUGAGCAGAUCCAGAAGAUUUCCCAGACCCUGGGACAAGUUGCGGAGGCUGGGCUGGGGACAGCGGUGCUGUAUGAGCUGAUUGAGAAAGGGAAGGAAAUUCUCACCGACAACAACAUUCCUCAUGGCCAGUGCGUGAUCUGUCUCUACGGCUUCCAGGAGAGAGAAGCGUUCACAAAGACUCAGUGCUACCACUACUUCCACUCUCACUGCCUGGCUCGCUACGCCCAGCACAUGGAGGAGGAAAUCCAUGUGCAGCAGGAAGAGAGAGAGCAGCACCUGGCACCUCCUUCCAAGCAGGGAGUCGGAGUGCAGUGCCCCGUCUGCCGGGAAACACUAAUCUACGACCUCUCCGCUCUGCAGGCAGCGCCACCCCCGCAGCACCCGGUGGAGCCGUACAGGCCUGAUGCAAAGGCACUACAGACCCGAGAGGAACUGCGCAUAAUCUACCAAAGGCAGCAAAAGAAGGGGGGCAUCAUUGACCCCGAGGCCGAGAGAAACCGCUACUUCAUCAGCCUCCAGGCGCCUCCAGCGGCUGCGGAUCCCGGCCACGGAGCCGCCCCUGAGCUGCUGACUCCUGAAACUGCCGUGGCUGCCACCGAGCAGCUCUGCCAACCACCGCAGAUGCCGGCCCCGGGAUGUGCUGCGGAGCCUGCCAGCCCUCCCCAAGCUCCAGCUCUGGGGAGAGAACCCAGGCAGCCGGCCAACGCAUCUGUUCCCCUGGAGCACCAGAGCAAGAGAGAGCGGCACCGAGGGGAAAGGCCGGGAUUCCGAGGCCAGGGCAGGCAGCCGUUCAGCCACCCACAAGCAGCAGCUGCGGAAACUUGCCGCCUUCUCCGUGGCCCUGGGGGACCCAGCGGUUUUGACUGGAGACCCGAACGGAGAGAAGACAGGAGCCAGAGACCCAGUGGGGGUUACAGCCAGGAGCUCCCUCAGCUGCACGGCAGGGGCAGAGUGGCUGCCUUUGCUGGUAGGAGAGAGUCGGGCCCUGCUGGCAUCUUGCCCGUGAAAGGGGCGUUGGACUCGAAGGAGGAGCAGCCCGCUGUGGGGAGAUGGAUGCCGGAGCAGGGAGCUGAGACCCCCAGCAGGGAGAAGGAAAACCUGGCACUAAACCAGCAUGACCCCAGGGGCCCCACCCGCUGGCAGGGCCAUCACAGGCCCUGGGACUGUGGGAGAUGGGAGAAGUCCCGGGGCAGGGAGCGUGGUUCCUAUCCCAGGGCGCCACGGGGGCGAGGGGCAUUCAGGCCCAGUGAAAGGAGAGACCCCCACGGCCCAGUGAAGGAGGAUGGCUCCUAGCAGGAGGGGGCAGGGGCUGGUGCGGGGGGGUCUUUCCUGGGGAGACCAAUAAAGAGUCUAUUAGAACAUCAGCUAUCCACCUCCGUAUCCCAGGAGCAGGGCCAGCCCAGAUCUCUCCGUGGGUGUGGGUGGCGGGCACAGCACACGUCUUCCUGGGUAAAACACUUCCUGGAGAGGAACACAGUGAGGCUGUGAUGAGCUGGGCACGUGGUGGGGGCAGAAAUCCAGGCUGGACUCACAUCUUAGUAAAUGAGGGGCAGGUGCGGUUACUAAUGGCUGCGUUGCAGGGUCUCUUGGCAGAUUGACAAUCAAUCACCUGGUUAGUCCUGGGCAGGCAAAAUCCCUCUCUUGGCCUUGAAGGCAGGACCCAGGAGUAGCCCGAUGCCACCCGACUGCAGCCAUCUACAUAAGGGCUCCGCGGGGCCUUCCCCAGGCUUCAGGCUCUGUGCUGAGGCCAGCCUAGACUGGCUCCUCUGAGCAGGGACGCAGCCCUGCCGCAGAUCCCGUUGGCGGCAGCAAUGCUCGGACUGAAGGGAGGGUGGGACUGUCCCAUGAAGCAGAACAGCCUCAGGAAGCCAGGCCCCGCUCAGUGCCAGCGAGCAAGGCCAGAGUGCGGGAGGAUCCCAGGCUCCUGAGCGUGAACGCCACCUGCCAUUGCUCCGGGGUCAGCGCCCCCAAGGUAGCACUGCCGCGAGCGUCGCUUUACUGACAGCCCCCACCCCGGACCACUCACGAGCUCGCCUGGGGCCAGCUCCAGUAGCUGCCAGCCGCCUGGGCCAAGGGGACUCUGGUUGGAUUCCCUCAGGCCCUGCCAUUGGGUCCAUGUCCCUGUUGAUCGUAUUUAAAUGGGCCUUUUUCUCUUUAAACUGAGCUGACCCUUUUCUGCUCGCUCACUGAUCCGAACCGGUUCUCCUCCCCGCCUUGUAAACAUCCCUGCAGAGACCACACUGAAUGCCCCUGGAGCAGCUGGCACGCCAGGCUUCACUUGGUUAACGGCUAUUGUCUUCCCUCUGAGAACCCCCCCCCCCCCCCCGCUUCUCUCCGCACUCUCCAGUCCCCGGCUCCGGGACGAGCCAUCCCCAGUAGGGAGUUACUCCCCUGCUCUCCAUGCAGCCCAAGGCCAGCUCCCCAUGGUAUCCCAAGGAACAACCCCGCUGUAAACAUUCCUUCACGCUCACCCCUGAGCCUUGUUACUACUCCAGCCUUGGCUUCCUGUUCCCUGGGAUUAGCCCUAGCUGGGUCGCAUGGGACUUGUCUUGAGGGACUCGAGCUUCUUGUGAUCAAAUUGGAUUAUUUCCAUUCGCUCAUCUCUCCAGCCCUGUCAGCGAAGCCGAGUGUUAUGGUCUCAUCCCUCUCCUGCCCAUUGUUAAAGAGAACUGACCUCCCCUUGGAGGGAACAGCAGGGCUGCCAGGGGGGAGGGAGCAGGUGUUAAGACCCUUGAUCCCAGUUUUUUGCCCCCUGAUUCUUGUCCCAGCGAACCUUCCUCUUCCUCACUUCUGCAGGCACAGCACAGGAGUGUCCCACAGCCUGUUUGCAAGUGAACGGCGGGAUUCUCUGCUGCAGCGCUGACCUAUUUCACAGUCAGCACUGACACUCAA